ACAACCACCGCCACGACUCACCAUGGCUACCGGAAUCUUCAACUCCACAUACUACGGCAAGGACUACCGCGCCGGUGCCGCCCUCCUGCGUGCCCGCCGCCCAUAUCUGUUCAAGAAUGCCCUGACCGGGUUCGGCCUCUUUGCCUUCUCAAUUGCCGUCUACACCUACACCAUCCGCGCUGUCGGCCAAGAAGAAUUCUCCGACGUCAAAGUCCCCGACGCCCCCGCCCAAAAACUCCCUGCACAGAAAUAAACCCUGCACACAAGGCAGCCACUGGAAGUCCGACCCUCCGGCUGAUACCGGGAGUCGUAAUGACUUGGGAUUCUGCGUGUACGAUAUAGUCGCAUCAUUUUCAAGGGUAGAAUAAGUGGCCGAGGGGACUGGAUGAUCCGAUCCUCGGCGGGGAAACAGAAACACAGUAGCAACGGAGCACAUUGGGGUUAUGGAGUAUUCUCGAGCAGACACAGACAAUCCCUAGCUUUUUGAUUGGGAUUUGUGAGCUCGAUGGGUUUGAUUUGUUGGCUUCAAUGGAUUGUACAGAGUAGAUUGGCCAGGAUAUAUUUUCUUGUGCAUCUAGGCCCCAUUUGAAUGCCAGUCUCUUCUCUUUAUUCCUUGACUGGCCUCGACUUAUUAGAAUGUAAGGCAAAAAUGUACAUUAGCUAAACACAUGGAACUGUUCCAUGGAUGAAGUCGC